AUGAACAAAGAGCGGCAACCAAUCCUCCUCACUUUAAAAUCCCCCUUUUCAUCAUUCAAAGUCUACUAUCUACCUCCAUUAGUGGCAUCCGACCGUCACCAAGUGAUUGUGGGAUUCCCAGGAAACAAGAACAAUGUCGGAGCAUUAAUGGAAAGUUUCUGGUCUUACCAUGGAGAUGAAGUUCACAUGAUACUGGUCAACACUCCCGGUUAUGGGAGUUUCGAUGAAGACCGCUCAGAGCCAAUGACCGACAAGCACCACCGUCUCUUAGAGCCAUGGCUGAGGGGCCAUUUCAUAAAAGAAAACGGUCAGAUCCAAAUCAAGUCACUCAGAAUAGGAGAUCUUCCAAAGUCCUUCAAUGAUUUCGACAUUGCGCCGGUAGGCAGAUCUUUCGGCGUUUUUGCGGCCUCUAUAACGCGCCCACGGGGAGGACUGAUUGGCUAUACGCCUUUCCAAGGAAUUGCAAAGCUGGACUUGGCUGGAUGGUGGGGGAUCCUUUGGCGCUGGGCUAGACAUCGCAAUCCGUUUCCAAAUUGCGGCAAGCGCGUCAUUCUUGAUGACCCAUCGAUCAAACUCACCGAUGAGCAACGUCGUUUUAUUGAAGAUUAUGACGGGGAAGUGUUCACGGGAUUGAUGUCAGAGCUGGUCCCAGACCCUACCAAAGGUGAAGCUUCCCUACUGAUCGUUGCGACCAAAGAGAAUGUCGUUGGUUCGGUCGAGAUGUCUAUUCGCAAGGCUCCGGGUGUUACGGUAAUCGAACGCAAAGGAAAUCACCGCCUUCGAGCAGAUAAGGAUUACCGGGAAUCAGUGAAAAAGUAUCUCACCGAGAGCUGGAAAGCUCACCAGGAACGAUGGACGAGGCGCAUGCCGCCGGUGGAGGUUUGCGGCGAUGAUCAUGUCAUUCCUGCCGCGUUCUAG